AUGGCCAUGACGCCUGACGACUCAUCUACUUGUGACACCCAAUCUCUAACGGAAAGCGUAACCGCAUUUCCAAUGGAGAAUGGACGAACAUAUCAUAAAUAUCAUGAGGGCUUAUAUCCCUACCCAAACGACGAGCAGGAGCUGGACCGACUCGAUAUGCAGCAUCAUAUUUGGAAGCAAAUCAAUGAUAACAAAUUGCAUUUUGCCCCGUUGCAAGAUCCCAAACGAAUCCUGGAUAUCGGCACCGGCUCAGGGAUCUGGCCCAUAGAGAUGGCGAGCAUUUUCCCCGAGGCAAGUAUCACCGGCACAGAUUUGUCCCCCGUCCAGCCCACCGAGGUCCCCCCAAACGUGCACUUCUUAGUCGAAGAUGCAACGGAAGAAUGGCUCUGGGACGCCGACUACUUUGACUACAUCCGGCUCAACAACAUGGCCGGCGCGCUCCCCUCCAGCCGAGACCUAAUCCAGAAUGCGAUGCGCGUCCUCAAACCGGGCGGCUGGCUAGAAUGGCACGAUAUCGACAUCACCCCGCGAUGUGACGACGGCACUUUGCCACCCCCCAAUCUAGAUGGUGGUUACAGCCAAUACGCAUUCCACGACUGGCUAGAGAUGCAAAUCAAAGCCGCAGAAGAAGUGGAGCCAUUUCGAGAAGUCCUCAUCGCCGACAAGCUGGCGGCCGAGAUGAGAGAAGAAGGCUUCGCAGACGUUACUGAGCGUGUCACAAAGGUCCCGAUAAACCCCUGGCCAAAGGACCGCCGAUUAAAGACGCUGGGUGCAUGGUAUGAGGAGAACUGGCUGGUUGGCCUGUCGGCAUACACAUACAAACCGUUUUUGGCGCUCGGCUGGACGAAGCCUGAAAUCGAGGUGUUUCUGGUUUCCGUCCGGAAGUGUAUUAGCAAUCGACAUAUUCAUGCAUAUCACAAUUUCCAUGUUGCGACUGCGAGGAAGCCUUUUCCUGGCGAACAAAAUAGAUGA